UUGGCUUUAAAAAAAUCUCCCUUUUUUUUCACUUUAACUUUUUUCAACCCAUAGAAUGGGUUGCAGGGAUAUGAUAGUACAAAAUUUGGAUCCUGUGAGAAAAAGAAGUGGUGGAUUAAGAACUAAACAAGCUGGGCGGGGCUCUUGCAGAGGAAGUUAGUUCCUUUAAUCUAUAUUUUUAGCUGAAAAAAACAAGAAA